GCUAGCAUUUAGCUCUGAGCCUGUUUAGUUUUCAGUCUUCAAGUAAUGAUGCUUCUGGCUCUAAGUAAAAGAAAGUGGCCUUAAAAUAACAGAAUAGAAAGGUUGGUCACCUUAGUGGCUCAGUGUGACUAUCAAAGACUUGGCCUUUCUACUCCAUCUAUUCCACCCCUGAUGUAUUGAGGCUUUGUCCCCAGUAAGCAUUCUCGAGGGUUCAAGAUGUCUGCUGAGGUGUCCCCCAUCACUCCGAGGACCAGUUAGAAAGCAGCCUCAUUUCAUUUGUGUGUCCCUUUCUGCGGAGCUAAGGCUACUCCUCAGGACCCAUCGGCUGCAGCACACCCCCUCCAUCUUGCCCGCAGUGCCAGAAGCCCACGCGUAGAAUCUAGUCCAUUUUUAAAAGCAAACUUUGCUUGCCGCCUUGAUCCUCACCUGACUCCCCUUCCCUGAAGCCCCUUAGUAGAAGCACCCCUGCCCCACACCCACUGGGUUACCAUUCACUGAUGCUCCAUGUGUCAGAAGCUGAAACAUUGUGGUGGGAAGAAAUUGAGCCCUAGGAGCCACUUCUUUUGCCACCUCAGUGAGGCCGCUGACCCUCAGCCUUUGUGAGCGCGGCUAUUUUAACUUCACACCGUAGUCUGGAAAAGUUGGGACCAAAGGAAGUUAAGGUACCUGCUCCCUCAGAUCGGAGUCAAAGCCUGCCUGGCCUCAUGCCUCAGUUCUUGCCUGGACUCCGCAAUUCUGGCUUCACACUCUACUGAGUUAACAAUGUAUUUGUGUCCUGGGGUGCACACUUGGAUGGCAAGGACUUGCCUGACUUGUGCCUGGGUUUCCGGCCCCUGCGCCUUGCUGAACACUAAUCUGCGUUGAGGAGCGGAGAGGGCACACAGUGCCAUCUGCCGUUGGCUCAGUCUUCCCAGUAGCUUGUGGGACUCCUGUAUGCUGCGUUCUGCCAUCCUCAGGGGGCUUAGCCGAGCAUGCCAUGUUGGUGAGCGAUGAUUCAGAUUACAGUAAGUAAUCCUUGUGUUAAUGCAAAUUAUUUUAGUGGUCAGUCUAGACUCUAGGACUGCCAUGUCCCCUGCUGCCAUUAUCCCCACUCUGAAAAACUCAAGCUCUCCUUGAAGCCCCUUUUCUGUAGAACUCCAGCUCUUCCCACAAGCUUCACAGAGCACCACAGUCCUCUCUUCAGCCAGGAAGGGCCUCAAGAUGGAACUCCUGGGAGAUAGCACCAAAUGGCCCUCCAGGGCUCAUCUCCUCAUCUCCCGCCUAGAGGCUUUCUUGGGAUGGCACCGGGCAGCUGUUCCCCUCGGUCUCUGCCCUGCCCCGUGUGACAGGACAGGACAGGCCUGGGUCCCAGGGCAGACUGAGAAGUCUGCCACUCUCCAGCUCUGCGGCGUUACCCUAGCAAUCCCCACUCCAAUGCCUUCCUUCUCCACCCUCGGCCCGCCCCUUCCUCUGGCCCCAUAGCCCUGGACACAGUACACAAGGCCCAGAGUCCCUUCUGGAAGGGAAAUAAAAGGAACUGCUUGGGUUCCCAUGGCUGUGGUCAACACCUUCAUCCCAGGGCUCAGCUCUCACAGUCCGCAUUAUAUUCCGGGGUACACAGGACACUGCCCACUACUUCGGUUCAGCAUGGGCCAGCCCUACGGGCAGGUGACUGGUCAGCUACUCCGAGGCGCUCCAGGCGUGGCCUGGCCUCCCGCGCGCCGCACUCUUCUGCCGCCCAUCCGGUCUCCUCAGUGUCCUGUCAUCUCCAGGCUACCUCCCAGGCGUGGCCAUGAACGGCUCGGCUCCCACAUAAUCCCUGGGUACACAGGUUUUAUACCACAGGCGCAGUUCAUUUUUGCCAAGAACUGCAACCAGGUCUGGGCGGAAGCUAUGAAUGACUUCACACAGAGGUGUGGGGAGCAGGCCAGUCAUGAGCUGCCGAGGGAGGCCAAGGGAGAAAGAGAGGAGAAAGGCCAUGGGCCGGAGGCCGAGGAGCCAGUGCUGAAGCAGACCGUGGGACAAGCUUCCCCGUACUCCAUGGAUGAUACAGACCCCCAGAAGUUCUUCAUGUCGGCUUCCCUGUGCUCACCAACCAGGCACUGCAGGAAUUUGGGCAGACAUGCUCACGGGGCAGGGCGCCGAAGGAUCCCAAACCUCUCUCCCCCCUUCCCAGGCCCAGCUUUCAGAGCCUGGGUCUUCUGCCUCACUAUGGAGGCUACAUACCAGGAUAUAAAUUCCAGUUUGGUGGUACAUUUGGGCACCUCACCCAUGAUGCUCUGGGCCUCAGCACCACUCAGAGACAGCCACUGGCUUAAGUACCUGGAUUUCAAGCUCUCUCCUUUCAUCCGAUCCCAGUGGCCCUUUUGGAAGGAUGACAGGCAGGUGGGGGAGGGGCACAAAGAAAAUGGUUUGGAGGCUGAGCACCUUUUAUUAAUAGGCGUAAUAAAUAAAUAAAUAAAUAAAUACACAAACAGAA